AGUUCUGCUGAGGGCAGGAGGAAAGGGUGAGGACAGAGACCUGGCCCCUGUGGCCUGUGAAGGCAUCGAGUACUUUGGGAACACCUCUGGCUCUUGAGGUGGCGUGGAAAGUGUCUCGGGUUCAUAGUGAGGCUCCAGGGCAAGCCUCGAUUCCACUGUGGGAACCAGGGGCCUCACAGGGGCAGCGGGGAACCUGUGGGGCUGGAGCCGCCCACCAUACAUGGCACAAAUGAGACUCUUACAUUGUGAACUGUGCACAUUUGCAUCUUAUGUUGUCUGUUUCCCACUCCAGCGUGUUGCUAACCCCGCAAGCGGGCAGUGGUGUGCCCAAGGUGGGGAUGGGUGCUCGAAAUGCACUGGUGCUGACGUGGACCUGCCCCUCGAGGGUCAGCUACCCCGGGGCAGCAGGCCCUGAGCUCGUGGAGAGACGGGGAGCUGCCAGUCAUGGGUGGGACCCCUAGGUCGUGGUUCUGAGAAGGCCACGCCAGCAAGCGCCCUUUGCCAAGACCGUCAUUCAGGCCCAGGAAAAGAAACAGUGAACAGGAAUGCGACUGGCCGCUCAAGCCCUAGGAGUGCCAUUAAGAGGCCGUGGUGUAAAAAUACUUGUUUUCUCAGCUUAAAAAUCCAAAGCUGUGUCAGAGGAGGAGGUCACCGCACAGAGGCCACUCCAUCCCCCCACCCGCCAUCCAGCACGGCCGCUCUGUGUAGGGAUCUCAGGAGGGCUGAGUCCCUGAGAGGAGACCAACCCAUAGCCUGCUCAGAAGCACUGCAGGUGGCUGUGGGGUCUCCCAGUAACACUGGCCUCAGACCUUCCUGUCCAGCACCGCGUGGUUUCCCGAAGUUGGACGGCCGGGCGUGCCGAGCUGAGCCUCGUCCUGCCCUGUGCCCACCUGCCCCGAGGCUCCAGGCCCAGGAGGUCCCGGACAGUUCAGAGGGGCUGGAACACAGCGGGCCUUGCUGCCCACGUGGUCAAAUGGAACAAGACAUGGCCCCCCUGAGGGAGGGUCAGAGACCCACCCGGCCUUGACGCUCGCAUGCAGGGAUCACGGGGGAGGAGGCUGGUGCUGCCUGACCUGUGGCUGUCAAGACCACAGGGUCGCAGACAGGGGGGCGCCGCAGACAUACCAGCCGGAAGGUGCAGAAGCCGCUGGAAGCCGCAGAGCCGUGCCUGCACUCUGAGCGCCUCGCCUGGGACCCGCACCCUGGCAACAGGCUCGCCGCACAGAACCUGCCCCGGGGCCGCCGACCAGCCCCUGCAGGGCGUGUCCAGGAGGAGGAGGGCCGUUCGGAGGGUGGGCUCCGGGCCUCGGGCUGCUCCACGUGGCGGGACCCGCUGAGAUCCACGGGCCGGAGGAGGCUCUCCUGCUGUGAAGGGAGUGAGGGGCGCCCUCGCUGCAAGGCAGUGUCGGUGUGGUCGUGCAGAGGGUUCUGCAAUGUCAGCCCCUCACCACCUGGCCUGCCCACCCUACACGCUCAUCCCAGACCUAUGGGGGCGACUCAAGCUCAGACAGUGACCUGUGAGUGGUAUGAGGGUUGCUUAGAGCCCAGCUGAAGGGAGGCAGCAAAGGGGGGCUCUACCUCCAGGCCAACUCCCGACCCUCUGCGCCCCCUCCUGACGCUGCUCAUGGGGCCCAGGGGAGCAGCCCUCCCGUCUGCCUGGAGAUCAUUACAGACCCUGCAGACAUGCCCAGAACCUGCGUGAAUGCAGGAUCUUCCUUAGAAGGCAGACGGGGGACCCACCAACACGAGUGUUUCCCUUUCUGACAAUGCUGCGCUGGAGGAAAAGGCGGUUGCUCAUUCUGCGGCCGUGGCGGAGCAGAGAAGAACCAGCUCUUCCUGCUGAUGCUUCCUCUCCUGUCAGUCCACGCAAGAGGAGGGAGCUGUGGAGAGUAUGUGGGCCAGCCCAUGCACAGACACGUGUGCACACACUCACACACACAGGGAUAGGGUGCCAGCACACACGCAUGCACACACUUGCACACACAGGGACAUGUGUGCUGACAUACACGUGCACACGCCCGCACGCCCAGACAUGUGCCACACAGGCACACGCACCAGCACACACGUGUGCAAACUUGUACACCCACAGGCAUGUGCGCCAGCACAAAGGCACACACGUGUGCAAGCAGUCAGGGGCUGCUGAAGAUUUUCCAGAAGUCACCUUGGAGCACUGCCUGCAAACAGCGGCUCCUGACUGUCCGGGCCCUUCCUGCUGAGAGCAGUGGAGCUCUGAAACGACCUCUGAAGGCCUGCUGCGGCUGCACCCCUGGCCUUCAAGACUUUGUCUCCGGGUGGCCAGGGCCUGCCUGGGGACAGCACAGCACAGGUCAGCAGGCGCCCUGGAGCCUGUGCGGGUGCUGGAAACGGAGGAGGACACACAGCACCCAGUUCUUACCUGCAGGGGACUCAGCCCAGAGGCGGGGAAGGUCCACGAAUGACCCAGCCCGGGGCGUGGGUGCCGAGUACCAGGGAGGCCAGGCCUGGCAGAAAACUCCCCCCACGGAAGGUCACUUAACCCUGGGCAGGGGGCCCAGGUCCCCAUGAAGGACGACGCUGGAGGAUGUCAGGAGCCAGGGACACAGGCUCAGGGCUUUGGGAGGAACAGCGUGCGAGGUGGCAAGGGCCAGCGGAUGAAGUGGCACAGCUGGCAGGGCGCCCACAAGGGGCUGGCCCUGACCCCAUCCCUGGCGGUGCCCCAGCCCCGAGGCCUGCGAACUGAAAAGACCCUGAGUAGCCAGUCUGGCCACCAGAUUCUGUAGGAGACCCUCCAGAACCAUGGCCGCCAGAGGCGCCCUGCCGGGCGUCCUGCCGAGAGCGCUUCUUAAAGCUGGGAGCCUCCUAGACUGUGCCAGCUGCAGGACCAGGGCCCAGGAGUCCGAAGACCAGGGGAAGGACGUCAGGAGCGAAGCAGAAGAUGCCAGCUGCCAGGCCAGCCUGGAGGACAAGCAGGACGGGGCCCAGGAUGCCCGCGGGCAGGCGCCGGAGGACGCAAAGGUGGAGGAGGCCAGCACCCGCCGCGAGCAGCCGGCCGGAGGGGAGGGCGCAGACGAGUGCACCCCGGAGGCCAAGGAACAGGAGCCCGAGUCCAUCAAGCUAGACGACCUUCUGGAGAAAGAGAAACCAUCUGUGUUUGUGGACAUUGACCUGGGAGACCGUGCUGAGGAGGUAAAGCACCAGAGCCGAGAAAGCCGGGCCACCCACAGGGAGGCAGCAAGCUCGGGGCCCACAGCGGUCCCGGGAACGUGCCCGAGCAGGGUGUGCUGGCCGCUGAGGAGAGACAGGGCCUGGGGUUUGAGGGCUGGCCUGGGGACCAGAGGGCACCCGGGCCUCUUUCUCACUCCCUCACGCCAACCCACACGCGUUUCUGCACCACCAGCAACACCAGGGCCUGGGUCAACACUCGAGGUGCCUGGGGCCCUCGAGAACCUCUUGUGGGAUUGUGGUCCAAGCCAGGAGCUGGAAGAUUUAGUCUCCACAUGCAGGGAAGGCUCACACAAGUCACCAUGCCUUUCCAUGACUCAGUUUUAUCAUCUGCAAAAUGGGAAUCUUAAUACCUGCAGCCCAGCAUUGUUCUGUAGCACCCUCAGAACACUGCCUGGUGCCCAGAGAGCCCCUGUAUCAGGUACUAUCUUCCCCACCACCACCAUCGUCCCUGUCUCCACCAUCAUCAAGACUACCACCCCACUCACUGUCUCCAUCAGCAUCAGCCUCACCGCACCACCUCCAACACCACCACCAUUUCAGCACCACUCUCUGUAAAUGGAAGUGGUUGACCCAGUGGCCUGACUGGGUCUUUCCAACACAAAUAUUCUCUGUUUCUGUUGUAGUGAGUAGCCGUCUCUUUGGAAGCUUUCUCUAAUUCGCCCCUGCCUCGGGGCUGCUCCUUUCCAGGCGGUACUUCCUAGCUCUUUGCCCUCAGAACACGAUGCACGGUGAAGAGAGUCGGUGACUGGCUCACCCCAAGGUUACCGUGGCUCGAGAAGGUUCAGCCAGGGGCACAGCUGGGACUGAGGGACCAGGCCUUCUGACUUGCAUUCCAGGGUCAAGGGCAUGGCUCCUUGGUCUGGGUCCCCUAGCUAGAAAUCCCUGCCUGAUGGGGCCUGCUGCAUGGGAGGACGCUCAGGGCUGUCUCCAUGGCCCCAUCUUGUUCUCAGCGGGUCCAACAGGUCCAGCCUUGGUCCCUAAUGCCUCCCACCCCGUCCCCUCAACUGCUCCCGCCCCACAGGUGAUCACGUGCAUCACGAAAGAAGAGAAGCGGUCCCAGAAGGACAUGGGGGAUGUGUCAGAGGACGAGUGA